AUGGAUCCUAUCGCAGCCCGAGAUAAUGUUUUUUCUCGAGGUCCAACACCACCCCCUCAACCACAACAGCAUUUCCAAGUCCCUCUCCCGCCGCUGAAUCCGUCUCCCAGUCCAUCUCACCGAGAGACUGUUCCUUCUACAUCGACGAGCCGUCUGGACACUCUUCUCCAUGGUUUGAAUGCUCCAUCUGUAUCGCAUGUCAGUCCGCAGCCGAGCAGCGCUGCGAAUAUCUAUCCUGGUCUUCAAGAACCUGUUCAGUCUGGUCCUGCUACGCCGGCUUCUGUGAAUGCCGGUUCAGUGUCUUCAUCUGCAUCUGCUCCGAGCAAUCCCGCUGCGGACAGGCAGAAUGCUUUGUUAUCUCUAUUGGGUGCGGUCUCCCCGCCGUCCUCUAACGCACAAAUACCUCCGGCGAGCGGUCCGCCACCCCCACAGCAGAUUCCUACACCUCCGGGAUCUGCUCCGAGGGGUAUGCCCAGUAACGAGUCGCAGGGAAAGUUACUCCUGGAGCAGUUGAUGUCAGGUAGCGCGCCGAAAUACAACUACCCGGAGACUCAACCCAGUGCCCCCUCUCUUCCAGCAGCAGGUCCAUCUCCGCCCUACAUGCGGAAUAGUCCUGAAGCCCCAUUGCAUCACGAUAUCCCCUACUAUGGCGAAAGCCCGUACCCUUCACACGAACCACCUCGGGACUCAUUGGAACUUCAAGUGCCUCCAUCCCAACAGCGUGCCCCUUCACCAGCACGCAGGUCUAUGUUUGACUUCGUGUCGCCAUUUGACGCGCUUGCGACUACGUCGACGUCUGCGAAGCGCAAGCCAGCCCCGACGCAGCCGACGAACCUUUCUUCUGGCAGCGUCGAAGACAACGCAUGGACCCCCGCCAUCAUGGACCCUAAACGCAAGUCCGUUGAAAACCUGAUGGACCAACUUACGAGGGGACAGGCUGCCCCGGUUGCUCCUCCACAACUUUAUAACGCUCCUUACGAUCCGUACGCCCCUAGCGAGGAUACUAGCCCGCAGGUUGAGCCUGUCCAGCAAGCGAGAAUGUCUCGUCCCCUACCACCUCAACCCCCUCAACCCUCCUCUUCUCCGCGUGGGUCUCCACCUAAGCCUCAAAAUCAGAGGCAGCAACGUAGAUCUACGGAGUCUCCUAUCGGACCUGCACCUGCCACGCAAGGUCCGUUCGCACCUGGAGCUAUUCCGCGGGAUAAGGAAGGUCCUUCCAACGCCGCGCAGCCUUAUAGGACAACGGGUCCGGAAUCUAGAGGUAGAGGUGGACCGAAGGGUAAAAACGUUAGCCCAAGUUCUCAACCUCAGAGUAUUGUCUUUGAUGUUUCUCAACCUCUUGACGAGAUUCAAGCGCCUCCCGAUGCCGUGAAAUCAACAGCCAUCGCCUUGGUCAAGGUGGACUCUACCUUCUUGCCUGGAACGACUAUCGGAGCAACUCAUUGGGUUGCAUACGCGAUGACAAAAGGUCGUGUUCGUGUGAUUUCGCGAUCCAGUGGAGAUCGCACGUUAAUGCAAUUGCCACAACUAUUCCCUCCUUCUACAUCGGUCACCGAUAUGUCUGUUCAUGGUAAUCGACUGGCCGGAGUCACGUCGGAUGGAGGAUUUGUUGUUUGGGAGUUGCCGGAGAUUAUCACUGACGACGUGCCUGGCAAGGUCAUGCUUUGUGUCCUCCCCACUGCUGACGGCGAUGCGCUUCACGCUGUUAAGUGGCAUCCUCAGCGACCAGAUCUGGUGGCCGUAGCGUCAGACACUGAUGUCUACCUUAUCAACAUUGCAGACGCUGCUCACAUAUUUGGUGGUGAACCGAUCCCGCAAUCAGAAUUGCACCGCGUAGGCCAGAUUUUCUCCGUGCCUUCCUCAAUUGUUGCGAUUGAUUUCGACGUUCCGCGGUCGGCACUGGCUACCAUCUCCGAAGACUCUAUUCUGACGAUGUGGAAUAUCAACGACAAGCUGCCUUUCUGGUCCCACAAGGUUCGCGGCGACGACGUCCCCUCUUCGCUCACCUUUGUUGAAGGAGGCGUUGUUGUUGGUCGCAAGAACGGUACUGUUUUCCAGCUGCUAGCUGUCAUGGGUAGGAACGUUCUCUCCACCGUGAAGUUCAUCAACAGCGGCCAAGACGACCCGGACAUGUUCGGCCAUGCCAGUUACGACUCGAGGAUCCAGACGCUGUGGAUCGCGAACAACAGGCGAGACAGUAUGAUUGCGUUCAAAAUUAACUUCGAUAUGCCCACACCGUCUCCUGGAAGUGAAGAGCUUGGCCGAGGAGCAUACUUUGAGCAGGCUGUUGAGUUCUGCGGGCCCAAACCCACAAUCCACUUCGUCAUACUGACAGCUGAUGCCGAUCCCACUGGUGAGGAAGCUCAUGCUGCGUGUGUCGCUGCGAAAGUUCCUCCGGGAGACUUAGCCCUCGUCGCGUUCUCUGUCCAUUCGACUGGCGUAGACCAGGUACUCAUUCGGAAGGAGUGGUACACUUCAGCUCUAGCCUCAGCUUCUGCGAGGUUCCCCGCUUUUGCGUCUCAGCAGCCUCAGGCAAGCGAACCCAAGCCUCAGAGGCAGCCGCCACCGCCGCAGGUUGCGCCGGGUGCCAUCAACCAACCCCCUCCUCCUUCCAUCACGCUUGCUGUUCCUCUGCCAAGACUGAAAACCCCUCCUUCCGAAGAAGUAGAAGGUGAGGGCAGUCGUGACGAAGGAGGGCGUUUCCAGGAGAACAAGGGCAGGAAUGCGAAGGGGAAGAAUGUUGGAUGGAAAGAUAACGACACCACCAAGGACAAGGACAGGGACAAGGAUGGUAAGAAUCGUGGGGAUGCUGCCGUCAUCAAUGAGUCUCCUCUUGGUGUUGCGCUAUCGAAGGAGAUCAGAAAAGUUGAGGAAAGUCUGCACACCCGCAUCGGUCGCCUGAUCGGAAAGGAGUUGGACAAACAACACCAACGGCUGGAGGAUGCUCGUGCCAACGAGCAAGCGGCGGACUUCGUUCGGCAGGAGAAGAUUUUGAAACUUAUCUCCACUGAGCUGACGAAGAACACGACACGCGUCGUCGAGAUGGCAGUGAGGACGGAAGUGCAGAACUCUGUCUUACCCUCCCUUGAGAAUAUCACCAAAAACGAGGUGAAGGCUGCGUUGAGCAACCAAAUUGCGAAGGGCCUCUCAGACUCCAUGAAUCAGAGCCUCCCCAGUGAGGUAGAGCGCAUGCUUCUUCGGCCCGAAGUAUCCUCUCACAUUGCACGAACUGUCUCUUCUGCUGUCACCCCGAUCGUUGAGAGACACGUGAAGGAUUCAAUCACUAAGACCCUUAUUCCCGCGUACACACAGCAGUCUUCGACGAUGCAUCAAGAGCUGUCCCGAGAGAUCCACACGGAGAUCUUGAACUUGAAGAAAGAGGUGAUCACCUGGCAGAGUGAAGCUCUUAGGGGGCAAGAGUCACUGAUUCGAGAUAUGGAGCAAUCAGUGCGAAUGCUGUCGGACCAAGUGAAGUUCCUCACCAUAAAUGUGACUUCUCCCGUUGGCCAUCCGAUGCAAGCUCGAAGCUCUCCUGGUCCUUCUGCUAACGCACAGUACGCCCCUCAGGGAAGCCUAUCCCAGCUGCUGCGACACCCGACAUUACCUCCUGCACCUCAGCACCAGGGCGGAUACCCUCCCUCUCAUGGUUCAUUCCAGCAGCAACAGGGGCAACCACAGCAGCAGCAGCAGCAGCAGCAGGUACCUCCGAUGAUGGCAGGGCCGAUGCCGGGACCUUGGGCUGGUGCUAGCAUUGCAGCGCCGCAAGCAUCUCAUCCCACUGCGCCUCCACCACUCCCUCCGCACGCGCAACAGAUCAUGCGUUCGACUCCUCCAGCACAGUCUGAAGAGUGGGAUGACACCUACCUCGCGGUUCUGGGCACUCAGGACAUCCGACAGCUCCGCGAGCUGCUUGCGCGGUCCAACCCGGAUGUCAUUAUGCCAUUGAACGGUCCAAGCCCUCUUUCUCAAGCAGUGGUACUCACUCUCGUUCAUAGGCUCUCUUCCGUUAUUGGCGAAACGUCUCCUCUUGAUGAGGUCUUCAAGGUAUCUAUGUGGUGGCUGCAGCGGGCAGCAUCCGUCCUCAACACUUCCGACCCGCUCAUUUCUCCUUAUGUCGCGAGAGUGUUGCCCAGUGUCCAGCAGUUGCUGAAUACGACCAAGCAGCGUCUCAACAUUCUCCCUGGCGGACCGAUAGAGGCGACGCGCGCGAUCUCGGAUAUCCAGGAUAUCCUCAGUCGCAAGCCUAUGUAA